CCCCGGCGCCCAUCGCACAGCACCCGUCCUCUCUCUGUUCGCGCCGCCACAGCCUCACGCCGAGAAGAGGAAAAAUCAGGGGAGCGCAGCCAAUCAACCGAGGCCGCAAAAAGUCUCGGAAGCCGCGGGAGUAAGCGAGGAGAGAUCGGUGAUGGAGGAGGACACAGGCCAGGGUCCCGGCAAGAACCUUUCGGAGCCUCCUCUCGCCGCCGUAGAGGUCGAGGUGGAGGCCGAGGACGAGGAAGACGACGGGUUCAGCUUCCCGGCCCUGCCGCUCGCCGCCGACGCGUGCGUCGUGCCCGUGUACCCGAUCUUCGGCCGGCCGCCGUCCCCGCCGCCGACGGGGGAGGCGGGGGAGGACGAGCCGGAGACGGCCACCUUGCGGGUGCCGCUGGGCCGGCUCCUGCUGGAGGAGCGGGAGUUCCGCGCGCGGCAGGAGGACGCGCGGUCGGCGAGCGCGCGGGCCUGGCAGGAGGAGGACGGCGAAGAGGCCUCCGCCGCCGCGGACGAGGAGCUGGAGGGCGUGCCGCCGGAGAGCUACUGCCUGUGGGCGCCCGGCGGCGGCCCGGCGCUGGAGUCGGCGCCGGCGUCCCCGCGGCGGUGCCGGAAGAGCGGCUCCACGGGGUCGGUCCUCCGCUGGCGCCGCAUCAGCGAACGCCUCGUCGGCCGGAGCCACAGCGACGGCAAGGAGAAGUUCGUGUUCCUGACCGCCGCCGCCGCCGCCGGUCCGGAGCCGCCGCCGCCGCCUCCUCCUCGUCACAAGGAAGAGGAGGAAGGCGGCGGCAGCACCAUCAAAGUCCGCGAUGGCGUAGGCGCGGCCAAUCAGUUGAGAUAUUACGGCAGAGGCGGCGGCGGCGGCAGCGGCAGCCGGAGGCGCUCGUACCUGCCGUACAAGCAAGAGCUCGUCGGGCUGUUCGCCAACAUCAGCGGGCUGCGCCGGAGCUAUCACCCGUUCUAACGCGCUUCCUCCAAGCUGUCCGUAGGAUCCUUGCUUACUUGCUUUCUGUGCAUACUCUGGCUACGAGUACUAUACACUUGUUUUACAGUUAAAUAAUUAUCGGCUUGGAUCAAUAGGAUUAGUGUACAAAUAGCUAGCACGGCCUCAUCAACGUUGUUUGCAUUGGUAUGUCAAAAAGGGCAAAAAGAAGGUAAUGGAGCACUAGAGCAGCGUGUACUGUGAUACUCGCAUGUUAUUUUUGGUUUUGUUUGUUUAUUCAUUUUCAUAAUGCGACCCAUGUUUCUCUGCCUCCUUCA